CAGACGAGCACGAGGAAAAGAUACAAACUUCCGAGUGUGAGAGGCCCUUGGUAUCACUUUUCCCGCCAUCCAUGCGACGCGCGCGCCAUCUACACCCAUCAUCAAAAGAACAAAACUGAACACUGAACGCAUCUUACCCUAUUGUUUACAUCGGAAUGGGGUGAAAUUUUUCUCGAUUUGGACUCAUUUCGUGAUUUGCAUUUUAAAAGUUUAUCCUCCUCUGUUUGCGAUAGUGAGCAGCAAAGAUGGAACCGAUAGAUGAUGUAAUAGGAAAUUCGUGCAAAGACUACUCUUCUUCCGAGGCUGUCGAUGAUGAAUUGCUGAUUGUUGCGGUGAUUGAGCCCAAAGUUACUGACGAGGAUGUUGAAAAAGCCCGUGGUCUCAAAUUGCCAGACUCAUUCUAUGCCUACGAGCAACGACCUGCUUGCAGUGGUUGCAGGGGCUGCGAAAAUGAAGGCGAUGAUGCAAGCCCUACCACAGAAAAAGAUCAAGAUGAGGAGCAAAUGUUCGCCCAAAGAGCAAAACUUUAUCAAUACGACUCUGAAAGCAGGAAAUGGAUUGAACAAGGAGUCGGAGAGAUGAAAUUGCUCUACCACCAGGCCAGUGGCAGGUACAGACUUCUGCUGCGCGAAGAGCAGGUCCAAAAGGUUGUGCUGAACCAGUUGCUCACAACAGACUUAGAGAUGAAACCCAAGAAACAGACUAAGAAUGCUCUUUUGUGGUCUGGAUUCAACCAUGCUGAAGGAGAGGGAAAAUUUGAAGAACUUGCAAUCAAAUUUAAAAAUCAGGAAUUGGUUGACAAUUUCAGAGAAAAGAUUGAAGAAGCCAAAGAGCAGUUAGCCUCAAUGGAGACGAAACCUGCUCCUUUGGCCAGCAAGCUUAAAGGGCUAACCAACCCAAACUCUGCUCCUUUUGCUAACAAAGAAGACACUGACAAGGAAGAAACCUUUUCUGGUUACGAACAAAUGGAAGUGAUGGAUGAGGAAACCAUAUAGGGGCACAGUGCCUGACAUAAUAUUAUUGCCUUCAUGCAAUAAUUGAGUAUAAAAUCUAAAAACUCUUGUUUGCUAUUUGAUGACUAAUGAAAGGCCAAGAUGGAAUAAUUUAAGAUAUAAGUCGCCUAUUUUUAUCUAAACAAGAUUUUGAAAUGUUGAUAUCAUUUUAAAAUAUUUCAAAUUUUACUCUAAAUUGUUUGUGAAAGUGAUACAGCGGAUAAGAGGCAUCAUACAGGAGUUGUGGUUGCCAUAAAAAUGCGCGGGACAGGCGCGCACCCUUUCGAAAAAUCUCAUGUUGGACAUUUCAAAUAAUAUGUUUGCUGUCUUUACUCCAUCCGACUCCAUCAAAGAUAUGUAAAUUUAGCAAUGCGCAACAGAGUCGGCGACGCUUUCCCUUUUCUAGGUUUUAACGGCUUAUGAUAUUUUAAUAGUUGCAUAACAAUAUUAUAGUGUUUUAAAGUUCACACUUUUAUUUUGACACUGGUACAAAAUAGCAAAUUUCACUUUGACUUUAAUGUUCGCCGCACUUUGACGGUCACUGGCGGAGUGUGUUGAGGAAGUUGGACAGAUCGUACUCUUCAUCGUACUGUGAAGCGUCCCACAGGUCGGGCAGGGUGGACAGGACGCUGCUGACCGAAGCCGCCUUUGCUCCAGACCCUGAAGAUCCGCCGCCCUCCUCCUCCCUUCCCUUGUUCAGCGAGAACAGCUCCAUCAGCUGCGCAAACACAAAUUUCACACAUUAUUAUUU